AUGACGUGUAAUCCUAUAGGAACAGAUAUUAAUAUUUUAGACAAUAAUUUAACUCAAAUAUUUCGAGAUUCGGAAGAAUGGCUAAUUUUGGAAUACUUUUUACAAAUGAAUACAAGAACGUCAAGAGUAAAAUUAGUACAAGCAUGGCAUGUAUCUCCUGCACAUACAAUUAACAAAUUUGAAAAAAGAAAUUCAGAAAAAUUAGUUUUAAAAUGCUUCAUUGAUACAUUAGCUUUAGAUAAGGAUAACACAAUCCAAGAUAUUUGUAGAAGAGGUUUUUCUAUUUCUAAAAAAGGAUUAAAAUUAUCUGUUGGGAAUUUCAAUUUACCUGGAUUCCCCUUAACAUCUUUAAAUAAAAAAAAUAUUAUUAAUGAUUCUAACGAACUAAUAUAUGAACAAGAUGUAACAUAUUUAGGAAAAAAAAAGAAAAAAAAAAUUAUAGAACAUAGCGAAACAGUUUUAUUAUCAGGAGAAAGGAGUUUAUUUGAAUUUUUUUUAUGUGAUGUAGGUGUGGGUUUAUCAUUAGCUGUAAGUGAAAACGAAAUUGCAGCAUAUAAUAGAGAUACAUUACCCAUCGAAUAUGACAGUAUAUUUAUAAAAAAAAAAAAAGAUAAAACAUUAGAUGAUUCAUUAACAAUUCAUUACAAAUGUAAAAAAAAUGAAAAUGAGGAAAAUAAUAAUGAAAUUAAUUUAGUUUUAGGUGGUGAUACAAUGGCAACUUAUGGUGUUUUGCCUUAUUAUACUUUUCAUCAUGAAUAUAUAAUUUAUGAUAAUUCACAGCUAUUACCUCGAUACUUAAUUCAAUUUGAAUGUGACCCAAGUGCAGAUGAACAUUUUGCUAUUCCAUUGUGUGAUUAUUGUCAGGAUGCUCCUUCUGCAUUUUAUUGUGAAUCUGAUGAAGUAAGGUUAUGUGAAAAAUGUGAUAAUAUUAUUCAUUCUCAAAAUAAGCUAGUUAUGAAACAUAUAAGAAAAUCAUUGAAUGAAGCUCAAAAAAUUCCAGGAAAAUGCAAAAUACAUUUACAUAAUGACAUUAAUAUGUUUUGUACAGUUUGUCAUGUACCUAUUUGUGAAUUAUGCAUGUCUAUCCAUUCACAUACAGAUUUAUCAAGUGAAAACUUAAUUAACAUAAAUUACAGUUCUGAUACUAUAAUGUCAUUAAAUAUGGCAUAUAAGGCUAUUAUUCAAUAUAGUAGUAAACCAUCGAAGCUUAUUAAAGAAAGAAAAAGAAACUUAAAUGAUUUGUUAAAUAAAAUUGAAAAAUUAUAUGAACAAGUUAAAUUAAAUAUUCACGAUGCAGAAGAAAAUGUGUAUACCAUACUUGAAGACUUAGUGAAGCAAUUACAUAUGAUAACAGAAAAAAAAAUGUGUUCAGUUUUAAGUGAAGAAUAUGAAUUAAAACGACAAUUUAAUGAAAUUAUAUGGAAUGAAUCAUUUUUACAUUAUUUACAAACUAUUUUACCUCCUGCAGACUUUAUGAAUGCUUGGUUGAAGCACUGUAAGAGGCGAGAAGAAAUUGAAAAAAACUCAUUAAUUGUAGAAAAAAUUUAUUCAUUAGUAUUUCCAGAUAUGAGAAUAAAGGGAAAUAUAAAUAUUGUAACUGAAGGAUCAAUUGAACAUGAAAAUUUAUUUCACUCAACUGAAAACUUAUAG